AUAGUGAUCGGUUGAUUAACGAAAAAACAAGCUCUCGUGGAAGUUUUUUUUAAAAAAUUAAAACGUUGUAUAAAAAUUGAAAUAAAAAAAAGAAGUGUUUAAGUUGUCUGUGUUGCAAAAUCUAAUACAAGAAGUGAAUUUUGAGUGAUUUCAUUCAAAUAACUAACGGUCAGAAACGGCCUUAAUUUGUUUAAUUUAUAAAAUAAACAAAUAAAAAAUAAAUUUAAAGCAUUUAUAAAGAUGCUACAUCCGCUUUUAAGCCCCAAAAUGCUUUAUGUAUAUGGAUUAAUCUGUUUAAGUUUGAUCCCAUUUACAAGUGCUUCAUUUCCAUAUUUUGGUACAAAAAUUGGCUCAUUAAAGCGAUUACAUCAUGGUGUUUCCGGCGAUGUUUACGCAGUUGAUUCGAGAACAAUAUUUGUGAAAAAGUUUAACUACGAUGGUGAAGCACCAGCUGCCUAUUUUUAUGUGGGCAAUACAAACAAACCCAGCAAUGAGGGGGCAUAUCGUUUGCGUGAUGAAAGAGGAGGCGCUGCUGCUCUGACAAGACGCUAUAGAAACAAGGAUAUUACCUUGUCCUUGCCUGAAGGCAUUAGUCUCAAAGACAUCAAAUGGUUUUCGGUAUGGUGUGAUGAGUUUGCUGUUAAUUUCGGUGAUGUGACAAUACCUAGUAAUUUGGAUUUUCCCCGACCACAAAAGAUUAACAAUUUGAAUGGUGUGCAUGAUGUUAAAUCAGAUAACAUUGUUAUAGUAGAUGCCCAAACCUUAUUAGUACCAAAUUUUAGCUAUGAUGGUGAAGCACCUGAUGCCAAAUUUUGGGUAGGCCAAGGCGAACGUCCCUCACCCAAUGGCUUGCGCAUACCCGAUGAGAAUGGCAAAGAAGAUCCCCUAAGGCGUUACGAUCGCAAAACUAUUGUGCUCACUUUGCCCGAUGAUUUGACCAUUUUCGAUAUUGGUCAUUUUGGUGUUUGGUGCGAAGCAUUCACUGUCGAUUUCGGUCAUGUUCGCAUACCCAAAAAUCUGAAUGUACCACCCUCUCUUAAAAUGUUGGGUAUUAGUCCUCAGUCAAAACUUAAUUGUGAAGUCUUAUAUGAUGAUAAGGCUUUUGAAGUACGCUGGGCAAUGGCUGGUGAUAGUAUCGUUGUACAAUUGGUGGCCAAAUUAGAUGACAAUGAAUACAUGGCUUUUGGUAUUUCACCGGACAAGGAUCGCAGUGUUAUGAUUGGCUCUGAUGUGGCCGUCAGUUGGGUGGAUAGAGUAUCUGGUAAAGGUUAUGCAACCGAUUACUUCUUGGAAGGUAAAUCACAAUGUUCGGGCAAACGCGGCAGUUGUCCCGAUGUCAAUAUCGAGGAAAAUACGAAUUCUAUACGUUUACUUAAUGCUGCCAUGGUAAACGGAUAUUCCAUUGUCACCUAUCAGAGAUCAUUGAAUGCAACGGACAAACUGGAUUUACCUAUAGCCAGGAAUGCCUUUGAAGCGAUUGUCUGGGGUAUUGGUCCAUUGAAUGAACGCAAAGAAACAUCGUUCCACUCGCAUUACAAUAAACGUACGCAUUAUAUUAAUUUCGGAAGACAACCAACAUGGAACUGUCCGACUCCAGAAGGUCAAAAGCCGGGCCAAGAUUACGAUAACGAUGAUGAUGUUGAAGACAAUACUCCUACUCAACAACCAGGUAAAGGUUAUCCAGCAGCCUCGAAACCAGUCAGGGGAGAAGGUGUACCCGAAGAGGAAUUCUAUGACAACAAUAGAGCACAGGCUUUACAAGGAGCGAAUAGGCGUCAGGAAAGCACUAAUACGAGAUUAGCACAAAGACGUCCAGUGCCCACACCCAAACCAGUUAUAAGUGAAAAUGGCGCCUGGGAUAUUCCCGCUAUUCAGUGUUAUGAACCAGAAGAUGGUGUGUUCUAUGCACAAAUGGGUCCAACGGGAGGCAAGCAUGGCUAUUCAGCCAUUACAGGUCAUGUCGGCUGGGGAAUAUCGUGGUUCAUUAAUGGACUUUUGAUUCCUGAAAUUCAUGUCGUUCGUGGCAAGACUUAUACUUUCGUUGUGGAAGGUGGCAAUAAUCCCGAUAUACCUGCUAAAUAUCAUCCAUUCUAUAUAACUGACGAUCCAGUGGGUGGUUAUGAACACAAACGUGAAGAAGAAAAGAAGAAUAUACGCAUAUUUGCUGGUGUGCACAGAUCUCGUUCGGGACAGGUUGCACCCACUGGUGUGGGUCGUUUGUGUAACUGGACUCCCGAUAUUGAUGGACCACCAGCCGAUGACUACCAAUCAUUUGGUGCCUACCAACGUACCUUAACAUUGAAAUGUGAUCCCGGUGAGCCUGGUGUUAUUACCUGGAAACCAGAUCAAAACACACCCGAUACUGUAUACUAUCACUGCUUUACGCAUCGUUAUCUUGGUUGGAAGAUUCAUGUUCAUGAUACGUGUGAUGAUGCCCGUUUUGCAGCCUCGGAAAAGCAUGCAGUACGUGUGCCGGCACCCGUAGCUGUACAGGAACAGGAUGAUGUAGCGGCAGAAGCAUCUAUACGUCAUGAAACAAAGGUCAGCCCCAACGAUAAUUUUUUGUUAAAGCACCAAACAGAUUUAAUUAAGAAUCACAAUAUGAACGGAACUCCGCCGAAAUUAACUUUUGAAAUAACAAAAUCAACGGAAAUUACUAAAUUGAUUUCAGAUGGGAUCCGAGCUGCUGAGGCUCUCGAGGAUAGCAUAUUGAGGUCUCCUACUUCCUCUUCAAACCAUGAAGCCUCAAUGACGUCGCAAACCGGCUCACAACAUCCCUUGGUGCCCCCACAGCAACCGCAAUUAUCUACAAAUCCGCCAGAAACUCUGCAUGGCGAAACUAAUUUACAACAAUUUUUAAAUUCAUUACAAUCAUCUUCACAUUCGCAAUCACUCUCAUUACCACAUCCUAACAAUAGACAAUCACCGGUUUUAUUAGCCACUCACUUACAGUCACAUUUAAACACACCCUAUAACAACAACCAUUAUCAUCUGGCACAACCACAACAUCAUAUUGCCAACAAUCUAACCAAUAAUUUACUUUUAAAAAAUUCACAGAAACCAAUAGGGCUCUCCGAAUUUUUAAGGCCACCAUUUAACGCUCCUCUGUUUCAUCCUGUAAAGUUACCAGGGCGUCGUCCCUAUCCAGGGCCAAUCAAAAAAGUACCCGCCUCUAAGCCCAUUUUGCCACAACAACUUCCAAGACAUCCUCCUGGUCUUGGCGGACCAGUACCACAACCCUCAGUUAUAGUUAAUCAUUAUCGCAAACCUGUACCGACUUUAUUGAGACCUUUCAUCAAAGAAAAGCCGUUUCCAUUGCAACCGUUGGCAGCCUCUGUACUUCUAUUGGGUCAACCAACCGAAUUAACCAACAUGCGUAAAACAGACACCAUGGUGCACAUGGGAAAGAAACCUAUAAUUCCAGUACCCUAUGCCGAUCUAAUACCUCAAGGAAGUCUCUCAAAACCCCUUUAUAAUAAUAAAAACUCAGUAGACAAAUUUAAAAAUAAGCCAAAUUCAUCCAUGAAAAUUGCUGUCGACAACAUGAAACAUCAUGAGACGUCCACGGCCACGACAAAAACAACAAAUGGUCACGGAGGAGCUUUCAAGGAACCAUUCGAAAUGCAAGAAAUUAAGGAAGAACCUACCGCCGCCGAACUAGCCACUAUGAAACCAGCUGUGAAUGAAGGUUUUAAACCUGAUACGGUGGUAGUUGAAAGCGGUUUUAAGCCUAUUCUGAGGCAGGAUGGACCCAUGCCGCCUCCAGAGGUAGUAGAACAAAUAGCAAGUCGUCGUGAAGAUCCGGGCUUAGAAAUUGAUGAAGCAAUGGAAACGGAUACUCUAUUCUUAACAUCUCAACAGCAGACCCAAACUCAAAACUUUGAGCCCAUGUUUAUACCAUCCCCUCCUGACAGUACAAAUACCACCAUCAUAAUUCGCAAAGCGUCGUCAGGUGCUCAAAAUAUGCACAAACCGCACUCCUCAGGUUCGUUACAACAGUCGACCAACCUGAAGGACUUUGCAUAUAACAAACCGAUUAGUUCAAUGUUAAAGUCAACUAUGAAUCUACCAGAAACAGCGAAGUUAAGAAAUGCCUCAUUAGAAGAUAUACUUAAUGAAUCAAAUGAACAGGAUGACAACAAUAGUGGGGCUUAUAAACAGGAAAAUGCUCAAAAUAACUUGGAGGAGUCUACAACAGAAAAACAACUGACGACAAAACAUAAAAUGGUGGUUAUCAAGGAAGUUGAGGAAAUUUAUCCCUCUGAUGAAUACCUAGACAUGGAAGACUUUCAGUCUGAAGGAAAACUUAAGCUAAUAGCCACUACCACCAAUAAAGAAGAGCCCAAAAUCAAAUCAACCACUCCAGCAGAAGUUGUGUUAAAAUUAAUUAGCGGUAAUAGCAGUAAAAAUGAUAAAUUCGAUUUAGAUGACAUUGAAUUCGAUAAUGAUGAUUCAAAGGACGUUGGAUACAGCCACAAUAAAGACAACGAAAGAGAAGAUGAUGAUGAUGAAUAUUUAUUUGAUUUAGAUCAACCCGAAGCCCAAGCCGCUGAACGCAUCGAUACCUACUAUUUACCGCCCGAUAAUCGUAAAAUUCCACAUGCCACUAUACCAAGUGGUUCUGUAAUAACAUUUGACGGCAAAUCAGUUAUAGAUAGUUCCUUAGUACUGCCCCCUAAAUUGGAUACAGAAAGUGAUGAUUCUUCACUACCUAGACUCUUCAAUGGUAACGGUAGACAAGGUCUUUCCAAAUUGCAACAGCUUAUAAGAAGUACACCUCAAGUUGUACCAUUUCGUGGCGAAAUACCACCGUUAACACCCGAUCUAAAUCCAGAAACCACCCAACGCUCAUCACAAUCUAAUAACAAAAAAAAUUUGUAUUCAUCAUCAUCUUUGCGACCAUCUCAAUCAACAAAAUUACAAAUAAUACGAAAUAAUAGCAAUUAAUAAAUUAAACCAAGACAUUUCAAUAGCAUCAAUCAUCCAUUAUCCAACAACCAACCAUAUAUACAUACAUAUAUCACAUUUCUCAUUAGAGGCAUUAGUUUCGUUUAAAUUUUUUUGUUUCUACUUAUUUUUUUACGUCUUUAUAGGCAACAAACACUUUUUCUACGCUCAUCCACGAAAUACUUAGUAACUUGCCAUCAUCACUGAGAAGGACGCCUUCUAUUUACUUUAAUAAAUUUAACAAAUAAUAAUUAACCAAUUCAUAAACAAAUUAUUAAUUAUAUUUAUACAUUUAAGUUCUCUUUUUUAUAUUGUAUACAUAAUACAUUAAAUAACUAUACAUAUCUAGGUACUAUGUAUUAUAAAUAUUAUACAAAAUGUAGAAAAUUGUGUGCUAAAUAUAAAGUACGUGCGUACGAUCAAUUGCAUACAUAUGUACUUUAUAUUGUAUAUUUAAGUAUAAGAAAUUACAUAUAUUUUACUUAUAAAUAAAUAAUGUUAAAACUA